AUGUCCAAACUUGUGAGGUUAGCUUUAGACUCCGCCAGAGAGAGUUUUCAAUGGCGACCCUAUGCAAAGGUUAAUGGGUCAUAUCCUAAGCUUUAUAGUGAAAAAGAAGAGUGGAUUCCUGUUGAUCACAACUUGAAUGAAGAAUUUGAGUCAUUUGCCCGAUGCUUGAGGCCAAGUGAGUUGGUUGGAAUAGACUGUAUAAAACAGUACCUACCGCAACGUGUAGCAAUGCAAUUUGGCAUGGAUCAAGAUGUGCCAGGCUUUGUUAUUCGAAACAAUGAGAGUCCUGAAAUUGCUUGGAGAAGUUACAAUGAGCCAAUGAAUGACAAAAUGUUAUAUAUUCCAUACAGACACUUCAAUGCAGGUGUUACAUUGCCAAACUUGGAGUGGUGGAAGCAAUCAAAAUUGGGUGAGCAAGAUGCAGUUAAGGGUGUUGCACAGCAUCAAAUAAGUUCAAAUGAUUCAAAAAGAUCAUCAAAGUGUUCAAUGGAGAGGAACAUAGAUGACAAUGAUUAUAUUCCUCCUCAUUCUCCUCCGAAUAGUAAACAGUUUGAAGCAAUGAACCCUGAUCAAGAGGAAAAUUUGACAGUGAAGGAACAAUUGAGAUCUUGUAAAAGAGAUGAGAACAGAAUGGUCGGGGAUGGCAAGCCUUUGUUAGUCGCUAAAUCUCAUGUUCCAUCACAAUCAACUGCAUAUGAUGGAAAAGUUAUAAAGACGGAGCCAUUAGCCGAAUUUGUUAAAGAUAUGCAAAGUGAACCAUUGGUAGGAGAAUCAAAAGGAGAUAUGGAAGAUUGGAAUGAGAGUAAAGAAGGGAGCCCGGAAUAUAAUGUAGAAGGUCUCAAUGUAAAUGAAGGAGAAAGCAGUAGAUCUUGUACUUUUGAGUUACCAGGAUCAAACCUGGAAGCUCGGAUUAGCCAGCUUGAGAAAGUGGUUUCUAAGCUAAAAGAGGUAAGGGGUGGAAAUAAGUUUGAGAAAAAUCCAACAAAUGGAGGACUAACUAGGCUUUGUAGCUGA